AUGGGUUUAUCGAAAGGGAAGAAAAAUCUAAGCUCCUUCUUCCUCAAAGCGAUGAGAAAAUUCGGAAAAUCUCCAGUGACGAUUACCGAAUCCAAAACCGGAGAUUCUCUAGAGACGGAGGUUUUGUCAACUUCUCUUGUCGAUUACAUAAAGCAUAUCGGCUCUCCGUCUACCACUCAACAAGUUGUUCCAGUUAAAUCUACUGAUAGUAGAAAUGAAGAUCAAGGAUAUUCAAGCAACGUAUUGGAGAUGUCAGGUUUUCUUCCGAGGAUCGAUAAUAAUAUGUUUACGCCACGGAUUCUUGUGCUGCGUGGUAGUAGGAUUCAGGCGGAUAGUUUCAAGAAGAAACAGUUGGGGAUGAUGAACAAGCUUACGAAAGGAAGUGCUCGGAAGUUGGGAACCGAGACUAUGCUUGAUGUGUUGUCUAAAUUGGGAAAAGAAGAGGGUGAAAAAGAAUACAACAUCAAGAUUAAACUUUACAUUGAGCACGCGAAGAGAAGCAAUGAUGCAGAGUAUGCUCUUGAACAAAUUGGGGAGGCUAUUGAGAUUUUUAAACAUAUGAGACGACUAAGAAUCUCUAUAGGAGAAGGAGCUUAUGGGCCGUUUUUUAAGUACUUGGUUGAUAUGGAAAUGGUAGAGGAAUUCCAGAUUUUCAAGGAUUUUAUUGUGGAGGCAAGUCCUGGUUCUGCUGAGAAACUUGUGUACUAUGAAAUGCUUCUUUGGAUCCAAGUUGAAGACGAAGAAAAGAUCCACCAACUUUGCAAUACAAUUGGCGAUAGUGGGAUAAGUUUAUCAACCCUGCAAGAAUAUUAUUUGGUUGCACUGUGUGAGAAAGACAGAAAGGAGAAUCUUCAGAAGCUUUUAGAGGUUAUCGACAUAACAAAAGUUUCUUCACCUGACGUAUUGAGAAGCAUAUUUGGAUACCUUGGAAAAUCGCUAUUGGAGUCUGUUGCGAUGAAGUUGCUUUGGGAACUAAGAGAGUGUGAUGGAGUGGAGCGAGUUUCAGAUCUCAUAUUUAGCUAUGCAACCUGCAUCCCACAUUCAACGGUAGGGGAUGCCAUUUUGAAGUCUAACAAAUUGCAUGAAGAGCUAGAUAUCAUGCCUUCAUCUACAUCCUAUGAGAAGCUUGUUAGUUAUCUCUGUGGCUUGAAUGAGGUGGCUACUGCUCUUGAUGUAGUUGAAAAUAUGUGUGAAGCAAGUCUGGUUGUAUCGGAAAACAUCUUGCAUUCAUUGUUGCAUGCCAUUGAACAGAUUCUUGAGUUUAAUUUGUUUGAAGGUGCAUAUAAUAUGCUUGAUAGUUUGAAGAAUUUCAAUUUGGCACCAAACUCUUGCAUGUACAAUUCCAUAUUGGCAGGAUAUUUUCGGGAGAAAAAAGUGGACAGAGCCUUGAUGGUCCUCAAGGAAAUGAAAGAAGCGGAUGUUAAACCUGAUUCCGUGACUUAUAGCUAUUUAAUAAACUAUUGUGACACGGAAGAAGCUAUUGCAGAGUAUCUUGAGGAGAUGAAGCAAGCAGGAAUUCAAGUUAAUAAGAACGUUUACAUGUCUCUUAUAAAAUCAUAUGCAUCAUGCGGACAGUUUGAGAAGGCAAAACAGGUGACCAUGGACCUAGAACUUCCAUCUAAGGAUCACAAUGAGCUGAAAAGUGUGCUUAUAUCUGCUCUGGCAUCAAAUGGAGAAAUAACAGAUGCCAUAAGUAUGUAUGAAGAAAUGAAGCUAGCUGGCUGCCCCGUAGAGCCAAAAACUAUUUUAAACCUUAUAGAACACUCCGAUUCAAACGAGGAGUUGACAACGUUGACUCAACUCGCUAAGGAGCUGCAUAAUUAUAAAUAUUGGAUACAUGGUUUUUUCAAAAUUAUCUUGUUUGCUGUCCGCCACAAUAAGUCAAGCUCUAUUCUUGAUUUGCUCAUGGAGAACAAAAGCCACUUGUCUAAGGACGAUAUCGCGGUGGAGUAUUGGUUUGAAGAGGUAUUUAAGUCGAUAGCGGAAACAGAGCCUAGUAAUGUGAACCUAGGGCUGGACUUGGUGAGCUUUAUGAAGGAGGAGCUUGGGCUAUGUCCUUCAAGAAAAUGUCUAGAUUUUCUUCUACAUGCUUGUGUCAAUGCCAAGGAUAAGCAGAACGCUCUACUGGUUUGGAAAGAGUACCAAUUUGCAGAACUUCCCUACAACGUCCUCAACUAUCUAAGGCAAGUGCUCUGUUAUCUCGUCUUACACUUUGCGGAGUGA